AUGAGCAAACCUGGAUUAGGUCUAAAUUCAUUUCACUUAGUUUUCAUUCAAAAAUCAUACGGAGAUAUUGAUGAAGGAAAUUAUCAGUGUCUUUAUUCUGAUAAUACUAUAAUAAACAAAGUGAGAUUUGAUGAAGAAAUUAUGAUCUGCUUUUUUCAUCAAAAAGAAAAAGUUACUUAAAUUGUAGAUAAUAAAAAGACAACUAUAAAGUAAUGCUUAAAAUGA